ACCACACUGUCGAGUGAAAAUCUUCCACAAGAAGCUGCACGUCUGAAACCUUCCUUAGAUGGAACAACAACAUUACAGAACAAUCCACAGCAGUCCAUUAAAAGAACAACAACAUUACAGAACAGUGCAAAGCUAAGUUGGUGUAACGUUCUUCUAGUGUAGCAUGUUUGCGAGGCUCGUCAGCAGCCUUUAAAGUCUGCCACAUCGGAUGGUAGGCCCCAACCUAACCUAACCACGAAGAAGUUCUCACUCUCAAACGGUUUUCCCAUGUAAGUACAAGUAGCACAACGCUAUGCACAUGAUCGCUAAUAUUUCAUUGACGGCUCCUUGAUUUUGAAUUUGAGAGAAUAACACGGUCGACUGCCUGAAGUGAAGACGAAGAGCAUAGAAAUCAAGCUAAGUUACUAUAGGAUCAUGAUUUCUAUGCUAGGAUCAUGAUGGAUUUCCGCAGUGCGAUACCAGCGCCACAUCCGGCGCCAAGGGACGACGACAUUGAACGCAAGCUUCAAGAGGGCCUCAGGCGUCUAGAGGAUGCACGCUCUCUUGUGUCGGCUGCAGCUCAGUUCAAGGGUGGAUCGGAGCAAAAAUUUACGACGAGCAAAACAAGUAAACUAGGAGGUUUUGGAGGCGCAGCAGGAGACUUCUCAGUAUUAAGGCUACAAUAAAUGCAUCUUCACAGACAUCCUGAGACCGUUUUUCAAGGGGACGAAAGCAGGCCCAAGAUGCUGCUGAAGAUGGACUUCUCCUAGUUCUAACAGUAAUGGGCGUAGGAGAAGAGCCAUCAACUGCAUCUACGACAGUCUCCGAAAGAGCGGACAGCAAGAUGUUGCAAUCAUCUUCUACGACCAGAUUAAACCGCGGGAAUCAUAUGUCUUCGUCGCGAAGUGCCCUACAAGCGUUAGCGCCAGAAUUCAGCACUUCAGUGUCUCUCUCUGGAGGACCUUCCUCGGCAAGUGUGUCAAAAACUAGUGUUUUCACUGGUGCCGGAAGUAGAAGUGCGAGUAAACAAGUAGAUCGGGAGGAAAUAGGCGGAGGAGGAAUAGCUGCAGUGGACAACUCGGUCGUCUCAGCAAGCGUCUAUCCAGCACCGUCACCAUUGAUUAUGUUGUUGAUUGGUUUUGACUAUGACGUAUGUUGACCUCUAGUGCUUGUUGUUCCUGUCGACAAUUUCGGACUACUGAUCUGGGCAACUCGCCAUGGCCUCUACUAGUGCUUGUUGUUCUACAUUCUAGCUUUCCGUUCUACUGCUCAAACUCAAAUGCAAGCAGAGGUAGGAGUCGGACGUGAGAUCCACAGAGAAGUAGUUUUUGAGCUUCUCGAAAUUCAUCAAUGAUCGAAGAGGUCUAAUUUCUGCACGCGAAGUCGAGGAGGUCUGGGUGGUGAUCCAGGGAAUACCUCAGGUCUCUUUCACCUUCCGAAAACACCAAGCAGUUCUUCAGCUGCAUAUAAUGCUGCCGGUGGAGCUGGCAGCUACAACAACGACAACGCGUUGAACACGACGAAUUUCAUCACUCGAUAUAACCCUGUUGGAACUUCCGCGUCUUCAGUCCGCUCUAUGCCAGUGACGACAGGUGGCAGAACGCAGCCCUACUUUGGAAAUCAGGGAGGAGGACCUACUUUUAAGGCAUCCACAUUUUUAUAAUAUAUCACAAAACAAAGAGAAGAAAGUAGUAGAAGAAGCUCACCACGUCAACUGCAACUUCAACUUCUUAUUUUGACUCGUCUUCUAUUUUACUGAUUAAGAUUAUCGGAAACAUCAAAUCAAUCUUUUCGUGUCGCUAAUUCCGCACCAGCCAGCACCAUGCGAGGCGGAACUUCACUUUUAGAACGGACCAAGCCAGGCCAUCUGCGCGACCAGGAGCUGAGGAUCAAACAAAUGGAGUUCGAACUGAGAAAUCGAAGGUUAGAAGACGAAGUCGAAGGCCUAUCCCGUAGAUUAGAGGAGCAGAAAAAUCAGAGUGAAGAGCGAGACCGAAAUGCUGCAGAGCUAGCACAGGAGGCGAAAUUUAUGAAACAGAUUUACAACGCCAUCUGUAAUCAGUAGGAGUGUCGCUAGAAGUACGUACUUACUAGAAGAGCUAGUUAGAUUUAGAUGUCCUCCUCCUCGCUUUCUCAACAUCGUACAACACGCUCCACGACAACGGACCCUUUCAUCCCACCUCUCCGCUCCGAAAACGAAGAGCUUUAUGCGCGUUUAGAACGCGCAGUGGCUGAGGCAGCGAGUCUGCGACAAUUUCAAGAGAAUUACAGUGGCGAAAAAGCCGCUCUAGAGGAUAGGGUGAAGGAACUCGAGAUCGCAGGAAGCGAGAUCCAAAACAAAGCAGUAGAACUAGAGGCUGAGUUGGAGGGUACCCAGAAAUAUGCGUCAGACCUCGAGGACGCAGAACUACGAACGACUGGGGAGAGCGAGGAGAUCAAAAGGAAAUUGGAGGAGACGCAGGUUUUGCUAAUGCUAGUACAGAUGAUGAAAAAAACUUCAUAUUAUUAUAUUUAUUUCAUCUACUUCUUCAUGGGAUCCACAUUCUCAUAAACACACCAACAACGAUGAAACAGAAAAUUCUAUUACUAGUACAGAUGAAACAGAAAAUUAUAUCUGUAGAGAUGAAACAGAAAAUUCUAUUACUAGUUGUAGAGAUGAGAAACAGAAAAUUCUAUUAAUUUGCAGCUAGUAAAGAUGAAACAGAAAAUUCUAUUUCAUCUACUUCAUGGACAAAAACUUCAUCUUGAUUCGUUUUCGCGGGAUCCACAUUCUCAUAAACACACCAACAACUGCAUAAUUGCUCAACGAACAGGUAGCCCUCUGUUCCAGCACCAAGCAGUGUGACGCUUACCACGCAGAGCUCAGUGGCCUACGCAACGCACUCCAAGAACAGAAGACUCAGAUGAGCGUUAUGCUAGCACAAAUGCAGCAUAUUUCACAGUCGAAGGACCGUCUAAAAGCCGAAAAAAGAAGAGCGGUUGAGGAAGAGAAAAGUUAUGAUGGUUAUUUGGAUAUUGAUUUGGAUAGGACGAGUGGUAACUACUAAACUAGUAGACCUUUUUUAGAAGUACUGAGCCACAUGAAUCAUGUCGAACGUGAAUCAACUGCACGCAGUGUAUUGAUCAUGCGGUGAUUCAUUCAAUUCCAAUUGUUCUGAGCAACAUACUUUUCUGAUCAUCUUCCUUCUCUAACUCCCAACACGCGAAGAAACCUUCGAGUUAGAGCAACAGUUUCAAAUUAUGAAAGCGCAGCUUGAUCAUGCCUACGUCCGGAACGGCGAGAUUUGUAAAGAACUAGGGACGACCGCGACAGGGGUGAAAGUGAAGAACAGGGCAGCGAAGUGGGCGAGGGAGGUAUUUGUUCUUAGAAUUAUGACAUACAUGGCUCCAAGAAGAACUACAGAAGUAGAGUACAAUGGUCAACAUAUCCAGCAUGAUCCUAUCCCAGUCGCAACAGCAGCCAUGCAUAACAUAUCCACAACAUCAAGAUCAACCCACCAGGUAGAAAUCCUACACAAGUGGAAAGGCAAAGCACUUAUCACGAUACAUGCGCUCCAGACAGAGUUGAAGCAGGUCCAAGGAAAAUACCACAAGUAUCUUCAGUACGCGCAUAGACUUCACCAGCAAGAAAAAGAAGCGGCAAGAAAUGCUCAAGGGGGUGCUGGUAAAUAAGUACAUACUUAAGUAGAUCAACAAGCCGUGCAUAAAAAUAUGCCAACAUCAGGAUCAUCAUAAAAGAACUCUCGUUAACGUAAUAUUGAACGAGUAUCUUCAACGAUGUGUAUGUGUUGCACGACUUCCACCCCCUGAUGGGGAAUUAUAUCCAUCUUCUUCACCUCUCUCCCUAGGGGCAAUUAUAUCCGCCAGUACUGCCGGAGGGAGCAGUCCACAGCAGCCUGCUUUCUCCAAUGCAGUCUUGGCCGCUCAUCAAUUCGGAGACGACCAGGGUCAACAGCUACUAUAUCCCUCUGAUGAUACGAGUGACAGCGACGAACAGAACCUGUCGUUCGAGGACUUGGAACGAUGAUGGUGUUCUCGUUAGCUUCUCCUCGUCCAACAACUGAGCAGAGUUCAGUUUAAUAGACGUUUUGCUUGUGGAUGCUCAUCUUAGAUUCAUGAAACAAGAAUUACCAUGAUCGCCAAGUGCCAGUGCGUGUUUGAAAACAAGAGAAACUUUCCGGCUACUUCUAGUAGGUUUUUUCCAUGAUCCUCGUCAACGUCAAGUGCGUGUUGAAAACAAGGGAAACUUUCGAGUUACUAGCAGCUCAGUUUUUUAGAUUAGUCAUCAUCUUAAAUAAAGUUCAAGUUCUGUUUAGACGUUCUUUUGAACAAACGGGCAUCAGAUUCAGUUCAGACCUUUGGGUGUGCGUGUGCAACGCAGACGCAAUAUAAUCAACAUCUUCACGAUGACAAUUCUCCGUUGUCUUAGAAUUAAAUUCGACCGUUCUGCUAAAACGCAAAUACGACCAAAGAAGUCAAAU